GUCAGUCAUCUUUCACCAGCUUGAAAAUGUUUUUCUCAUUGGUUAUUGCUUGCAUAGCACUUUCCAUCGUUUCUUGUGAAGCUGCUACUCUUGAUUAUUCAAACAUUACUCCAUGGUCAGUUAUGUAUGCAGUGUAUCCAGUCUACAACUCUGAAUCCUGGGUAGAUGUUUGGAAAAAUGAAAGAUCUCUUGAUAUUUCUGAUAAUACAAUCAAUUUUGAAGCAAAUGAUAACCACAGAUCUGCAUUAUCAAGUAUGCACAAAGAUGGAUUAGACAAUAAUGGUUCUCAACAAAAUAGUCAUUCUAACAUCAAAGAUAACCAACAUUCAAAUUCUGAUCAGCAAAGUCAAACUCAUCUUUGGCCUCUCAACUAUAAAAAUUGGCCAAAAAAUUCGAACAAAGCAAAUCAUUAAUUAUGCUGAUAAUAUUAUACAUACAUUCUAUAACACUCAAACUAUUUUAUUCUUAGAUGUAUAUCUGUAGUUACAUCUAGAAAGACAUUUUUAAUCUUAUAUUUAGCUUUGUAAAACUAAAAGAUUAUUCAAUAAAUUAGACAAUUAGGAUAUUUACGCAUUUAAGAACGCAGUUUAUCAAUUUUGUUAUUUCCCUCCUUCAUGGUAAAUCGCUUGUCGGUACAUAUAUAGAUCUAAGUUUGGUACUGCAGAGUGCUUUACUAUAUACACGCAUACACGGUGUUUCGAUAUAUAGUUAUUUCCGCUAAUGGAGCCUGCAGUUAUUUGCCCAGUAGUUUUAAUUUAUAAUGGCAAAUUUGUAUAAGGGGUAUAUGAGAUUACUUGAAAAAUGGCCACUAGAUAAAGCUAAAGUGAAUGACCUUGGACAGCACAUUCGAGAUCAAGUUAAAAUUGCAUUUGCAAAGGGUGAAAGUAGUAAAAUAGAAGACAAGGAGAAGUGUCAACGUAAUUUAGAAAGUUUGGAAAAGUUAGCCUCCAAUUAUUACGCUAAAAAAUAUCCAAGUAAUGUAAAAACAACUGCAACAGGUAUGACAGUCGAGCAAUGCAGUCAAGCUCUAAGUCAGGAGUUCUUAAAUUAUGUAGAAAAACAAAAAUUAUCAGGAUUCGGGAAAUUUAAACAAAGAUUAAAGUUCACAUUUAUGAAAUAUUCGCAAAAGGAAUAGUAGUUGUAGCUGUGUGUUGCUAAUUGAUUAAGUAAAGAAAGAAACAUGCAUUUUCUAAAAGUUUUGAGGUAUCUUAGAAUAUCUAAGAGAUUUUAUAGUGUUCAAAAUGUUGAUUAUAUAAACUGUGAACAUAACGAGUUACCAUAUAAACACCAACCACAUACUCCAGUAAUGCUCAAGGAGACUAUAGAAUACUUAAAGCUGUCACCAGGUGAUACAAUUGUUGAUAUGACAUUUGGUGCCGGUGGUCAUUCAAGGAAGAUUUUAGAAUCUGUACCACAUGUGACAAUUUUUGCACUAGAUCGAGAUGAAGUAGCCCACAAUUAUGCUAAAGAACUGGCAGAAAAAUAUCCAGGUCAAGUAAUACCAUUACUGGGAAGAUUCUCAGAGCUUCCACAACUACUUGGUAAAUAUAAAGUGAAAGAGAACAGCAUAGAUGGUUUUCUCUUUGAUUUUGGUUGCUCAUCCAUGCAAUUCGAUAGACCUGAAAGAGGAUUUAUGAUUUCCAAAAAUGGACCUUUGGACAUGCGAAUGGAUGGUUUUAGGUGUCCUGAAGAGCCAACAGCAGCAGAUGUCCUUGCAAGAGCAGACGAAAGAGAUCUGUAUCACAUUCUAAAGUAUUAUGGAGAAGAAAAAAGAGCAAAAAAAAUUGCAAGAGCCAUUAUAGAAGCAAGAUACACUUUUAGAAGUUUAAGAACAACGCAGGAAUUAGCAAAAUUAAUCGAAUCUUUAUUUCCCAGUGAUAUCAACACAGAUCAGAUUGGUAGAUUUCAGCACAGUGCCACAAAAACUUUCCAAGCUUUACGAAUUUUUGUAAAUAACGAAUUGAACGAAAUCAAUCAUGGCAUAGUAAUAGCGGAGAAGCUACUAAAGAUCAACGGUCGCAUGAUUACGAUUUCUUUUCAUUCACUAGAAGAUACCAUUGUGAAACGACAUCUUUCUGGAAAUGUCACGGACAGCGUUGCUAAUCAGCUGCCACUGAGGUACAGAAAUUACGGCAAGGUUUGGACGUGCAAGGAAGACAUUAUGGAACUUACGGAAUCUCCCUGGAUGAUGUUGCACAAACAUAUUUUAAGUCCGACGGACGAAGAAGUCUACUACAAUCCUAGAUCAAGAUCAGCCAAAUUUCGAGCUAUCGCCAAAAUCAAGUAAUUUCUCGCGAGUUCAAAAUAAGCAAAUCGGCAUUCUUGAUUUGGUGAUAAAAAAAAACGACCAGUUUCAAAAAUGUAAUAGAUAUAUAAUUAUAUUGCAACAAUACAAAAUUAAAAGAAAUCAUGAGUUGUGUAUGAUAGAAUCAUUGUAUGAAAAAUGAUGUAUAACAAGGAAUGCUUAUUAUGUAAAUAUACACGUAGUGUUCUUCAACAAUUA